AGUUGAAAGAAGUGUGAAAGAUAUUUGAAGUGGUGCUGAUAUUUUGAGAGUGAGAGUGGCGUGGUCUUAUCCAUUUACUUACAGGUGAGGCGUUUAGAGCAGCCGUGAAGCAUGGCAGCGAUUUGCUUAGCUAACUUUUGUAUGGUAACGAAACCCAUCAUGGCGAAUGCGACGGUUUCCGAGAACAGCGAUUCAAAUUCAGAGCAGAGGAAGGGUGGUGUGAGAAGGAGGGUUAGGGUUGGGAAGGGGGCACCGAAGCUUUCGGUAAUGCAAGUGGAACGCAUGGUUGGCGCGGGAAGCUUCAGGGACGCGGAACCCCCUCCUCUGAAUGUGGACAUGCGGAAGACUGUGAUGGACCUCUUCUUGGGCCAAGCAAUUGAAGGAGACCUGCAGAAGAAGAUGAGGCAAACUGGAGAGUGGCUCGCCACCAAUGUUGAGCCUCAAAUUCACUCCAAAAGAAAAGGAAUUCUAAUGUUUAUGUUACAAUGGAUGCUACCUGUUUGGGCUAUAUUACUCCUUGUAGCCUUUGGAGUCAUCAAGUUACCCUUCAACAACCCUUUUCUUGACGAUCUCAUCUUGUGAGCAAAGGUCAAUAGCUUUAUGCAAUGUGGAAAUUACUCAAAGUUUUGAAGGAUAUUCAAUAAUAUAACAAUUUAUGUAUGUAUGUUAUUUUUUUCUUUUUGUGGUAACAGUGUAUAGAUAUUUUAUUGGUCUACAAAUAUUUGUAGAUUUCCAUAGAACUAUAUACUUGGUUGUUUAAUUAGAACUUUGGGUUCUUUUUAUUAAGGCAUCAUCAUGACCA